CCCUAAUUUUUCUAAGAAACAAUUCUCAUUGUUUGCUAUAGAUCUAUUAAAAAAGCACAAUAAUUUAUUCUUUUCGACAGCUUUUGACUAAAAAAAGCUCGAUUAAUCCCAAGCGAUUUAACAUGUAAUGAAAGUCAGCUUAGAUUUUGUGUUCAACUUAUUUGAUGUGAACUCAAAUGGAAAAAUAACUUAACAAGAAUAUGAGUAGGUAGUCGAUAAAUUGUACAGAGACAAAUAAGAUAGAGAUCAUUAUUUAGGAAAAUUUAAAGAAUUUUCGAAAGGAUAAGAUAUUAAUAAAUCUUAAUUGUAACAAUUAUUAAUGAAAGAAGCUAGUUUGGGUUACAAAAUGAAAGAAUCCUAAGAAUAAUUUAGUAAAAAUGUUUCUAAUGUUCUUUUGAAAGACAAAGUUAUGUUUAAGAAAACUUCUAAAUUUGUUUAUGAUUUAUUCGAUGUAAAUUAAGAUAAAAUAGUAAAAAAAAGUGAUGUUUUAGACUUGGUUAAUGCACUUUCUAAAAAUCAUAUUCAAAUUAAUCAAUAAGAACUUGAUGAGAAAGUUGAUAAAAUCUUUUAAUUUUUAAAAAUGUUUGGUGUUGGAGAUGGAAACGAAGUAUAACUUGAAUAAUGGUUAACUUUUACUUAAUAAAUGAGACCUUAGAUACUUCAAGCUAUAAAUAUAUGA